GCCGGGCUGGUCCCGGACGACGCCUGGCAGUCUCGGCGCGCGGCUGCGGGGGCUCCGCAGCACGCAAUGACCAUAGCCGGCGGCGGAGCCCGAGCUCCACCCAGUGCUGAGCGCUCCGUGGGCCGCGGCGGACGCUGAGCACCAGCUUCCGCCUAGUGCGCCGGUUCCGGGCCAUGUACUCGGGGAACCGCAGCGGCGGCCAGGACUUGUGGGAAGGCGGCGGGGACUCGGGCACCGCGGGGCCAGCGGGCACGCUCAGCCCCGCGCCCCUCUUCAGCUCGGACACCUACGAGCGCCUGGCGCUGCUGGUCGGCUCCAUUGGGCUCCUGGGUGUCGGCAACAACCUGCUGGUGCUCGUCCUGUACUACAAGUUCCAGCGGCUCCGCACGCCCACUCACCUCUUCCUGGUCAACAUCAGCCUCAGCGACCUGCUCGUGUCCCUCUUCGGAGUCACCUUUACCUUCGUGUCCUGCCUGAGGAACGGCUGGGUCUGGGACACCGUGGGCUGCGUGUGGGACGGGUUUAGCAGCAGCCUCUUCGGGAUUGCUUCCAUUACAACCCUAACUGUGCUGGCCUAUGAACGUUAUAUCCGUGUGGUCCAUGCCAGAGUGAUCAAUUUCUCCUGGGCCUGGAGGGCCAUUACCUACAUCUGGCUCUACUCACUGGCAUGGUCAGGAGCACCUCUCCUAGGCUGGAACAGGUACAUCCUGGACACACAUGGACUAGCCUGCACUGUGGACUGGAAAUCCAACAACUCCAGUGAUUCUUCCUUUGUGCUUUUCUUAUUUCUCGGCUGCCUGGUGGUGCCCGUGGGCGUCAUAGUGCAUUGUUAUGGCCAUAUUCUGUACUCCAUUCGAAUGCUUCGUUGUGUUGAAGAUCUUCAGACAAUUCAAGUGAUCAAAAUUUUAAGUUAUGAAAAGAAAGUGGCCAAAAUGUGUCUUUUUAUGAUAUUCACCUUCUUGAUCUGUUGGAUGCCUUAUAUUGUGAUCUGUUUCUUGGUGGUUAAUGGUUAUGGACACCUGGUCACUCCAACAAUAUCUGUUGUUUCAUACCUCUUUGCUAAAUCGAGCACCGUAUAUAAUCCAGUUAUUUAUACCUUCAUGAUCAGAAAGUUUCGAAGAUCCCUUUUGCAGCUGCUAUGUUUCCGCCUGCUGAGAUGCCAGCGGCCUGCUAAGGACUUACCAGUAGUUGGGAGUGAAAUGCAGAUCAGACCCAUUGUGAUGUCACAGAAAGACAGGGACAGGCCAAAGAAGAAAGUGACUUUUAACUCUUCUUCCAUCAUUUUUAUCAUUACCGGUGAUGAGUCGCUAUCCGUCAACGACAUGGACAAAACCAAUGGGUCCAAAGCUGAUAUAAUCCAAGUUCGUCCUUUAUAGGAAUGAAUAAUGCUAAUGAAAUGUGGGUCUUAAAUCAGACACUACUUUUAGACUUCCAUUGUAAGGACUGUUCUGGAAUCUACAUUCUACGUGAUAGCAACAGAACUUCUGUGGCUCAGCAGGAAAGCUGAAUUACCCAUCUGCUCUCUGGCGUGAGAAAGCAAUUGAGCAGGACAAAUAUUUGUUUAACAGGUGCUUUAAAUAAUGAAAAAAACUGCUUGAAGCACAAGAUGGGCAUCUAGCACCAUCAUCUAGCAUGUUAGAAGUUUUUAUUUCAAAUAUAUUUUUAAAGGACUGUAUUUUCCAAAGCAUAUAAUGAAUUUUUUCUCAAAAACCUCAGCUAUAAAAAUACCUUUGUUUUAUACAAAUGUGCAAAAUAUCUAGACAAUCUUGAUUUUUCUGUAGUGUUGCGUCCUAUUCAUUGUCAUGGCAUAUACUUGACCAAAUCAAAUUUAUCAAGGCGAUAUUUCUAGAAAAAGAGAAUCAAUCCCAUAACUAUCUGAAACAAAAGACUGUUGCUGUAUGUAUAGUACCAUAGAGACAAGCUUCAGACUAAUGUGUUACUGAGCAAGUGCUAGAAGACACUAAGAAGCAUCAUAGCAAAGAAACUAGAAUCACAAAUUUCAAGAUAGUCAUGGAAUAUAGUUAAUUAUAUAUUCAUAGAGGAUGUACAUGGUGAAGAUGGUGUUGAUGGCAGGUCAGUAUCUCCAUUUCAUUUCAAAUACGAGCAUGGUAGAAUUAGCCUCUUCUGUUAAUAAUUUCCCCCAAUUUUGCCAUGGACACAGAAUCCCAAAUUUAGAAUCGGAGUUCUAAGUGAAAAAAACAAAUCUGCGUUUGGAGGGUGAUGAAAAUAAGUGUAGAGCUAUCUUUAUAAAAUGUUUUAGUCUUUAUUAUUCAUCAGUCAAUCCACUGGAUAAUUAACAGUCAGUGUUAUCGUAGAGUCCAUUUUCCACAGGUCACUGUUUAGACUAAACAGAUUAUUAGAACACGAGGAUUUUUUUGACAGUAUAUGAAAGAAACACAAUCAUUUUAUUGAUUUACUUUGCCUACUUUUUAUUUCUUGGAUAACUGUCUUACCAGUGUUGCAUCUUCAUAAUUAAUCAUUUCUGAAGGAUAUCUAAAUGACUGGGUCAGCCUACUGACGAAGGAAGAACCAAAGAAAGAGUUUUUCACUAAAUGUGCUUUUAAUAAUAAAGUCUAUUGCUGGUUCUGCCAAAGCAUGUAGUUACAGAAUAAAUUAGUAGAUUGAUUCUGAGUGUCUGAAAUGGAAUAAAAUACUUCACAUUUCUAAGAAAGCUGUCUCUCAUUUCCUUUCAAUUCUGUUGUACAUGGAGAGAUUUAAUUUGUGAAUAAAACCCUUUCGUAUCUUUCACUUUGUAUGGCAUUAGCCGCUUUCUUCUUAUCGUCAGAAGGUAAUACUGGAAUUUGAAGACUGGGAAACAGGUUCAUUUUGUAACUCUCUGGAACUCCCCCAAAGUUCCCAUUUGCACUUCAGGUUUUUUAAAGUGAAUUUGAGCAUUGUGGUUAGAUAAAUUCUACCCAGGUGGGGAAAGUGCAGUUAGC